GUAGCAUAAUAGUGAUACAUCAUAUCUUACGCGCAAACGAUAUAUUCCUACGCAGACAAGAAUAAAUUCUCUUCACCCGGCGUGUGCUCCGACAAAGCAGUGCACAUUUGAACAGAAUUGAAAGUCACCAUUACACUUGGAAGAACACACUAAAUAAAGAUGCCUGAACAACAGAAUAUGGAAGAAGGGGAGGUCGAGACCUUCGCCUUUCAGGCUGAAAUCGCUCAACUUAUGAGCUUGAUCAUCAACACAUUUUACUCAAACAAGGAGAUCUUUCUCAGAGAGUUGAUUUCCAAUUCGUCUGAUGCUCUCGACAAAAUUAGAUACGAGAGCCUUACGGAUCCAUCCAAGUUGGAUUCUGGAAAAGAUCUCUACAUCAAAAUCAUUCCUGAUCGUGAAAGGGGUACGCUGACCAUCAUCGACACUGGUAUUGGCAUGACAAAAGCUGACUUGGUGAACAACCUUGGUACCAUUGCCAAGUCUGGAACAAAGGCAUUCAUGGAGGCUCUCCAAGCCGGUGCUGACAUUUCCAUGAUUGGUCAGUUUGGUGUGGGUUUUUACUCCGCCUACCUUGUGGCCGAUAAAGUGACGGCCAUUUCUAAGAACAAUGAUGAUGAGGCCUACCUUUGGGAGUCCUCAGCUGGUGGUUCCUUCACCAUCAGAUCAAUUGUCGAUCCCCCCGUGGAGCGUGGUACAACCAUCACUCUGUACAUUAAAGAAGACCAGACAGAAUACUUGGAGGAGAAGAGAAUCAAGGAGGUCGUUAAGAAACACAGUCAGUUCAUCGGCUAUCCAAUCAAGCUUGUGUGCGAGAAGGAGCGUGAUAAGGAAGUCUCUGACGAUGAGGAGGAGGAAGAAAAGAAAGAGGAAAAGGAAGGAGAGGAGAAGUCUGAGGAAGACAAGCCCAAAGUAGAAGAUUUGGAUGAAGACGGAGAAGAUGAUGACAAGAAAGACAAGAAGAAGAAAAAGAUCAAGGAGAAGUACCAGGAGGAUGAGGAGCUGAACAAGACGAAGCCCCUGUGGACACGAAACCCAGAUGACAUCACCCAUGAGGAGUAUGGAGAGUUCUACAAGUCACUCACCAAUGACUGGGAGGACCAUUUAGCUGUCAAGCACUUCUCUGUAGAGGGACAGCUGGAAUUCCGUGCCAUGUUGUUUGUUCCAAAGAGAGCUCCAUUUGACAUGUUUGAAAAUAAGAAGAAAAAGAACAACAUCAAACUGUAUGUCAGGAGAGUGUUUAUUAUGGACAAUUGUGAAGAACUCAUCCCUGAAUACUUGAACUUUAUCAAGGGAAUAGUGGACAGUGAAGAUUUACCUCUGAACAUUUCCAGAGAAAUGCUUCAGCAGAGCAAAAUCUUGAAGGUGAUCCGCAAAAAUCUUGUCAAAAAGUGUAUGGAACUCUUCGAUGACAUUUGUGAAGACAAGGACAAUUACAAGAAAUUCUACGAACAAUUUGGAAAGAACUUGAAGCUUGGAAUCCAUGAGGACUCUACCAACAGGAAGAAGCUUGCCUCCAUGCUGCGAUACUACACUUCCCAGUCUGGUGAUGAGAUGGCUUCUCUGAAGGACUAUGUCUCAAGAAUGAAGGAAAACCAGAAAGACAUCUAUUACAUCACAGGUGAGAGCAAGGAAGUCGUGCAGUCAUCUGCGUUUGUGGAGCGUGUGAUCAAGCGCGGGUUUGAGGUUGUCUACAUGAUUGACCCCAUUGAUGAGUAUUCUGUCCAGCAGCUAAAGGAAUUUGAUGGCAAAAACCUGGUCUGCGUCACAAAGGAGGGCCUGGAGUUGCCAGAAGAUGAGGAGGAAAAGAAGAAGCGUGAGGAACAGGUUGCCGAGUUUGAGGGCCUCUGCAAGGUCAUGAAAGAAAUCCUCGACAAGAAGGUGGAGAAGGUGACGGUCUCCAACCGUCUGGUGAACUCCCCCUGCUGUAUUGUGACUAGUCAGCAUGGCUGGUCUGCCAACAUGGAGCGCAUCAUGAAGGCUCAAGCCCUGAGGGACUCCAGCACUAUGGGAUACAUGGCUGCCAAGAAGCACCUGGAGGUUAACCCCGACCACUCCAUCAUCAAGGCUCUCAAGGAGAAGGUUUCUGUGGACAAAAACGACAAGUCUGUGAAGGAUCUGGUAUUGCUGAUGUUCGAGACUGCCCUUCUAGCUUCCGGCUUCACCCUUGAGGACCCAACCACACACGCUAACAGAAUCAACAGAAUGAUCAAACUUGGUCUUGGUAUUGAUGAGGAUGAUGUGCAGGCGCCAGAUGCUGGUGAUGCCACUGCCGAGGACAUGCCCCCAUUGGAGGGUGAGGAUGAUGAUGCCUCACGUAUGGAGGAGGUCGACUAAACUUCCAGGAAGAAAAUUGAAGGACAUGUGUUUUAUUAGUGUUGUUUCACUGUUGUCAACCAUCUUGGCAGUUCCUUGUGACUGAUCAUAAAUAAUGGUGUAGAAGAGCCGGGUGCCUGCAUAAAGACUUGCAUAGAACAAAUGUAGCUACACAUUGACAAGUAUUGUUGAAAUCAUGUUAACUAUUCAUCAAUUCAUUGCAUAACAUGAAACUUGCCAUAUGUCCACCUAUAUAGCAGUCAUAUACUUGGUUCAUUUUUGUUCUGUUCAUCUGUGAUUUUAUUUUCGAGUUUACUAGACGAAAUUGAACUUGUUUUAGAUAAUUAUAAAAAAUGUUUGUUGGGUUGAAAUUCAUUUGAAUUGGAGUGUCUUGUCAUUCUUCAUUUGCCAUAAUACUCCUCUUUCCAUGUAGACACUUGUUUGAAUGUUUUUCUUUCAUGACGAAUAAAAGAAUAAAAAGUUAAAGAAUCAA